AUGCCCGACGUGACGCGGUGUCCCCGCAUCGUGACGCGGUGUCCCCGCAUCGUGACGUCGCGCGUCCCGGGCGGACGAUCCGAUUUCGUUCUCGCCGAAGCUCUCGCGAUACUUUCGCGAUGCCUUCGCGAUGCUCAUCGACGGGCGUUCGCACGUAUCGUUGCAGGGAGAGGACAAGAAGAGAAGUUCGUCUGCCCCCAUUCCUUCGGCUUCUACCCCCACGCCCGGCAAUGCGAUCUGUACUGGGCGUGCGAGGAAGGGGUGGCGGAACUACGGAUCUGCGGGAACGGCCUCGCCUUCGACGCCAACGAUGACACCAGGGAGAACUGCGACUAUCUCUUCGCCGUCGACUGCGCCGGGCGACGAGAACUCGAGCCGGCGAUCAGCACUCGGAACUGCCCCCGCCUGUUCGGGAUCUUCGCCGACGAGUCCCGGUGCGACGUCUUCUACUCCUGCUGGAACGGAGACGCCGCAAGGUACCAGUGCCCCCCGGGUCUGGCAUACGACAGGAACUCGAGGGUGUGCCAAUGGGCAGACAUGGUGCCCGAGUGCAAACCCAUCGACAGGAAAGACGGGUUGAGCUGUCCGGCAGGGGACAAGGCGUCCCUCGGCACGUGGACGAGUCAUCCCCAUCCGGAAGACUGCCGCAAGUUCUACAUCUGCAUCGGCGGGGAGCCGAGGGAGAUGGGAUGCCCGAUGGGGAUGGUGUUCCGGGUCGGGGAUCUCGACAACACCGGGCAGUGCGACGAUCCCAAGAACGUCCCGGAGUGCUCGGAUUACUACGGGAGCCGAGACCCCCGGGAGCUCCUCAAGAAGCACCUCCAGGGCAACAGCGACUACGACUACGACUACAACGGAGGGGAGCAGGCGACGGCGCGAGAGGAGAAGGCGACAGCGCGGGAGGAGAAGGCGACGCCGAAGAAGACGAAGAAGAAGGGGACCGUAGCGGCACCGAAGAAGACGACGGAGGUGCCUUCCUCCACACCCGCCAGUUCGACUUCCAACCCGGAUUACGACUACAAUUACGACCUCACGGAGAAGCAGGUACUGUCUGGCACGCACGGAGGCGACGGUUCGACGAUGAUGGAGCGAGUGGGCCUUCGAUCAAAAGAAAUGGAGAGGGGCCUGCCAAGACCCGUCACGUUUUCCUCUCUGUCGACGGGGACGGGAGUUGAAAGUCGAGCCCAGUUCCCGUCGAACGCGUUGGGAGGAGGGAGAGCGUGCAACGGAGAGGACCUCAUCCCAGACGACCGCCAAUGCGACAAAUACUAUGCGUGCAAGGACGGGGUGGAGGUGGAGGAACUCUGCCCGGACGGACUCGUCUUCAAUCCCAACUACUCCGCGUGGCGGAAGAACAGCCCGUGCUACUACCCGCAGGAAGUGAGGUGCGGUCAACGCAGCCAAUUACAGCCGGCUCAGCCGAGCAACUCUUGUCCUCGUCAAUUCGGCCUGUUCGGCCUUGGGGACCCGGUUAAUUGCGGCCAAUACAUCAACUGUGCUCAUGGCAACGCCUACACCAUGCCGUGUCCAGAGGGUCUGGCUUUUUCGGAUGCUUUAGGCGCUUGCGAAUGGCCGGAUCUCGUCCCUUCUUGCAAUGCCGAAGGUGAAAUUAUAUCUCUGGUGUUCUUUUAUUUCUUGGGCUUCUCCUGUCCGGCUCCAGUCCAGCCAGGAGUGUUGGAAUUCUUCCCAAAUACCAAUGAUUGUACUCGAUUCUGGGUGUGUGUCGAAGGGCGACCUCGGCUCCUAUUUUGCCCUGAAGGAACCGUUUACAAUCCCGAUCCCCAAGUCCAGACCUGUGAUGACCCACUCAACGUGCCCGGCUGCAGCCAGAGGAUAGGAGCCGCAUCCGAGAAUCGCCUCAGGUACUUCCAGUGAACAGCGCACACUGAACCCUGGGUUCACCUUUUUCCUAGAAUGGAUUCUGCAUA